AAUCCCCGCGAAUCUCCGUUGAUUUUUCAGGUGGAAUGUGAGAGCAGAAAUGGCGACCUUGGCGUUCGCGAGCGUAACAUCUCUGCCGUUCUUGUCGUCGCGCCGGUCUCCGUCGACCCACGGAAGAUUCCAAAUCCCCUUCCUCCAUAAAACUCCGAAAUGGGGUCAGAGAUCUCUGCUUCUUCCCAUAACAUGCUCGUCUACCGAACCAAAUCAAAACGCCGACGACUCCGAACCCAAAACGGCGUCGUUGGCCCCGUCGUCUUCGAGUGACUUGACCUACAAACUCUACGCAGGGCUCGGAGGUGUUGGGUUUCUCGAGACGACUUACUUGACUUACCUCAAGCUCACAAACUCCAAUGCAUUCUGCCCCACCGCCGGCGGCGGUGGCGAAGGAAGCUGCGGCGACAUCCUCAGUAGCGAUUACGCUGUCGUUUUUGGUGUUCCUCUUCCGCUGUUCGGAAUGGUUGCUUAUGGGUUAGUUGCUACUAUGGGUGUGCAGCUACUGACCGCAAAGAAGUUGCCUUUUGGAAUUGAUGAAUCUAAUGCUCGCUUAGUUUUGCUCGGGACUACAACUUCCAUGGCAGCUGCUAGCGCUUGCUUUUUGUACAUUCUUAGCACCAAAUUUUCGGGAGCUUCUUGCUCGUAUUGCUUGUUAUCUGCUCUGCUCUCUUUCACCUUGUUUUUCACCGCCUUAAAGGAUUUUGGGUUGGAAAAAGUACAGAAGGAAGUGGGUUUGCUGUUUUGUAUAGCUAGCUUAGUGGUUGUGACUCUCAACAGGUCAUAUAGUGCUCUUCCACCUGUACCCUCAAGGUUUGGGUUUGAUGCUCUAAGCAUUCACGACCAUAUAUUACGAAGCCCGUCUGAAAUUGAUCUUCCAUAUUUUUCAACUGAGAUAACAACACCAUCAAGCCCGUUUGCAAUAGCUCUUGCAAAGCAUCUGAGUGCUAUUGGUGCUAAAAUGUAUGGGGCUUUCUGGUGUUCACAUUGUGUCGAACAAAAGCAGAUGUUUGGAAGUGAGGCAGCAAAACUAUUGAACUAUGUUGAGUGCUUCCCUGGUGGAUUUAGGAAGGGAACUAUAAUGCAAAAGGAAUGCUUUGAUGUCCAAAUUGAAGGUUUUCCUACAUGGGUGAUUAACGGGCAGGUAUUGAGUGGAGAAAAAGAGUUGAUGGAGCUUGCACAGGAAUCUGGGUUUGAUUUAAAGGAAUUUAAUCAGACUCCCUAGAUUAAGCCACGGCGUUUGUUUGGUAUGUCAUCACUCGUAAAGAUCAUAGAAAACUUGUACUAUUUACAUACCCCGAUCAUAUAUCACGAAAACUAGGCACCUCGAGGUGUUAUAUCUUGUACGUUGUUGCCUGUAUUGAUCAUGAUUCCGUGGACCAAAGAAGCUAGUUAGAGUUGUACGUCGGAAACUUUUUCCUAACUUGCGAGAUUCAAGACUUUUUUCUAAUA